GAUUGUACCAAUGGGCAGAAGACGGAUGAGGCGGGCAGUACGACAGCGGCGGAUGCAGGUGACCUGGACCCCUGUUUCCCUCGACCCCUGGUUGCCAGCCGGGAUCCAAUCGGUGAAGAGGGCACCUUCAUCGCCUUCUGUCCACAUGCGAUGCACGCUGCCUGCAAGGAGAAGUACGCCCGUCAGCUGAAGAACCGCAGCGAUCAGAUCGGCCGGCGGUGA